AUGCAAUAUCAAGGUACUUUAAACUUAUUUGAUAUUGAUUUGGUGUCGGAAGCUUAUCAAAGGGCAUUAUCUUUGGAGAAGCAAUAUGCAAGGAGAGUUUCACAUACUAAUUGGAGUACUCACACUCAAGGAGGUGUUAAAAAUACCACUUUUCCAAUUCCAACUAAUCGAGCUCCAACUACUAACGUCCCAUCAAAAUUCAAUACUUCUCAACAAGUCUUUCAAGGUAAAUGUAACAAGUGUGGAGACGAAGGACAUAAAGCAUAUGAUUGUAGGAAGAGUGAUCAUCCGGGGAAGAACUUGCUUGUUCAAGGUGAUGAUGAAGGUGAUGCAUAUUUGGAUCUUAGGGAGCCACCAAUAUUUGAAGGUGAUGAUGAAGGUGAUGCAUAUUUGGUCACCAUAUUUGGAUCUUAUGGUGACCAAGGACCAUGUUUGGUUGUGUUGCGUAACUAUUUUACUCCAAAACUCGAUGAAGGUGAUCGAUGGCCACACCAUAAAAUUUUUCAAACCACUUGCAAAAUUGGUGGGAAAGUUUGCAAGCUUGUGAUUGAUUCGGGGAUUUGUGAAAAUAUCGUUUCCGAAGAAGUGGUUCGCAAGUUGAAGUUAGAGACAAAAGAACACACUUCUCCAUAUUCUUUAUCAUGGCUUAACCAAGGAAGCGAGGUAAAAGUCACUAAACGUUGUCUCAUUAAUUUUUCUAUUGGUAACAAAUAUGUAGAGAAAGUUUGGUGUGAUGUUGUUUUGAUGGAUGCAUGUCAUUUACUUCUUGGGCGACCUUGGCAAUAUGAUCGGUUUGUGAAUCAUGAUGGGAGAACAAACAACUAUUCGUUCAUGUGGAGCAAUAAGAAGUUGACUCUUGUACCCAAUCGUGAGCUUAUGCCUAAGCCACAAAAUGGUGAUGGUAAAAAUUUACUUACUUAUCACAAGUUCAUCAAAGAGUUGGAUGAUUCAGAGGUUUUCUAUAUACUUUAUGUGAAAGAAUAUACAUCGUAUGAUUUUGUGGCACCGCUAGUCAAGCCAAUUAUCGAAGAAUUUCAAGAUGUUUUUCCUACAGAUUUAUCGGAUGCAUUACCACCAUUAAGAGAUGUGCAACACCAAAAUGAUCUAGUACCCGGUUCAAGUCUUCCCAACAAAGCCCACUACCGGAUGAGUCCCAAAGAACAUGAAGAAUUAUGUCGCCAAGUUGAAGAGCUUAUAGCCAAAGGUUUUACAAGACCAAUUCUUAGACCUUGUUUGGUACCGUCCUUGUUAGUACCAAAGAAAGAUGGUUCAUGGCGUAUGUGUGUGGAUAGUAGGGCAAUCAAUAGAAUCGCGUUGAAGUACCGAUUUCCAAUUCCUCGUUUAGAUGACUUACUUGAUCAAUUAAGUGGAGCAUGUGUUUUUAGAAAACUUGAUUUUAAAAAUGGAUAUUAUCAAAUUCGUAUCAAGGUGGGAGAUGAAUGGAAGACCGCUUUCAAGAUGAGAGACGGUUUGUAUGAAUGGAUGGUUAUGCCAUUUGGGCUCUCAAAUGCUCCAAGUACAUUUAUGCGAUUAAUGAAUUAA